GAUUCUACGAGCAGCAUGUCGUCCCCGGCGUCCACCCCGAGCCGCCGCGGCAGCCGGCGCGGGCGGGCUACUUCUGCGCAGACGCCUCGAAGUGAAGAUGCCAGGUCGUCACCAUAUCAGAGACGUAGAGGCGAAGAGUUUACCUCUACAGGAGAGUUACAGCCUAUGCCGACCUCACCUGGAGCUGACCUGCAGAGCCCUGCCGCGCAGGAUAUGUUAUUUUCCAGCCCUGCUCAAAUACAUUCCUCAACAGUUCCCCUUGACUUUGACGUUAGUUCACCGCUGACAUAUGGCACUCCCAGCUCUCGGGUAGAGGGAACUCCAAGGAGUGGUGUUAGAGGCACACCUGUGAGGCAGAGGCCUGACCUGGGGUCUGCACGGAAGGGCCUGCAGGUGGAUUUGCAGUCUGAUGUGCCAGCAACAGAAGAUAUAGUGGCGAGUGAGCAGUCUAUAGGCCAAAAACUUGUGAUUUGGGGAACAGAUGUAAAUGUGGCAACAUGCAAAGAAAAUUUUCAGAGAUUCCUUCAGCGUUUUAUUGACCCUCUGGCUAAAGAAGAGGAAAAUAUUGGCAUAGAUAUUACUGAACCUUUGUACAUGCAACGACUUGGGGAGAUAAAUGUCAUCGGGGAGCCAUUUUUAAAUGUAAACUGUGAACACAUAAAAUCAUUUGACAAAAAUCUAUACAGACAGCUCAUUUGCUACCCACAGGAAGUUAUCCCAACCUUUGACAUGGCUGUCAAUGAGAUCUUCUUUGACCGUUACCCUGACUCAAUCUUAGAACAUCAGAUUCAAGUAAGACCAUUCAAUGCAUUAAAGACGAAGAAUAUGAGAAACCUGAAUCCAGAAGACAUCGACCAGCUUAUUGCCAUCAGUGGCAUGGUAAUCAGGACAUCCCAGCUGAUUCCAGAGAUGCAAGAGGCCUUCUUCCAGUGCCAAGUGUGUGCCCACACAGCUCGGGUGGAGAUUGACCGUGGCCGCAUUGCUGAGCCCUCUGUUUGUGAGCGCUGCCACACCACCCACAGCAUGGCGCUGAUCCACAACCGCUCUGUGUUCUCUGACAAGCAGAUGAUCAAACUUCAAGAGUCUCCUGAAGAUAUGCCUGCAGGGCAGACGCCUCAUACUGUCAUCCUUUUUGCUCACAAUGAUCUUGUUGACAAGGUUCAGCCUGGAGACAGAGUGAACAUUACAGGCAUCUAUCGAGCUGUUCCUAUUCGAGUCAACUCAAGAGUGAGUAACGUGAAGUCUGUCUACAAAACCCACAUUGAUGUCAUUCACUAUCGGAAAACUGAUGCAAAACGUCUGCAUGGCCUUGAUGAAGAAGCAGAGCAGAAACUUUUUUCAGAGAAGCGGGUGGAAUUGCUCAAGGAACUUUCUAGAAAGCCAGACAUUUAUGAGAGACUUGCAUCAGCCUUGGCUCCAAGCAUUUAUGAACAUGAAGAUAUAAAGAAGGGAAUCUUGCUUCAGCUCUUUGGUGGAACAAGAAAGGAUUUUAGUCACACAGGAAGAGGCAAAUUUCGUGCUGAGAUCAACAUCCUGUUGUGUGGUGACCCUGGGACCAGCAAGUCCCAGCUGCUGCAGUAUGUGUACAAUCUGGUCCCCAGGGGCCAGUAUACGUCCGGGAAAGGCUCCAGUGCAGUCGGCCUCACUGCGUAUGUGAUGAAAGACCCUGAGACAAGGCAGCUUGUCUUGCAGACUGGUGCCCUUGUCCUGAGUGACAAUGGUAUCUGCUGUAUUGAUGAGUUUGACAAGAUGAAUGAAAGUACAAGAUCAGUACUACAUGAAGUCAUGGAACAGCAGACUCUUUCCAUUGCGAAGGCUGGGAUUAUUUGCCAGCUCAAUGCCCGUACCUCUAUCCUGGCAGCAGCAAAUCCUAUUGAGUCUCAAUGGAAUCCUAAAAAAACUACCAUUGAAAAUAUCCAGCUACCUCACACAUUAUUAUCAAGGUUUGAUUUGAUAUUCCUCAUGCUGGACCCUCAGGAUGAAGCCUAUGAUAGGCGUCUGGCCCACCACCUCGUCGCUUUGUACUACCAGAGCGAGGAGCAAGUGGAGGAGGAGUUCAUGGACAUGGCAGUGCUGAAGGACUACAUUGCUUACGCCCAUAGCAUGGUCAUGCCUCGUCUGAGCCAGGAAGCCAGCCAGGCUCUCAUUGAGGCUUAUGUAGACAUGAGGAAGAUUGGUAGCAGCCGAGGAAUGGUUUCUGCAUACCCUCGACAGCUGGAGUCAUUAAUUCGACUAGCAGAAGCCCAUGCUAAAGUACGAUUCUCAAGCAAAGUUGAAGCAGUUGAUGUUGAAGAAGCAAAACGUCUCCAUCGGGAAGCUCUAAAGCAGUCUGCCACUGACCCCCGGACUGGCAUUGUGGACAUAUCUAUUUUAACUACAGGAAUGAGUGCCACCUCUCGUAAACGGAAAGAAGAGUUAGCUGAAGCAUUGAAAAAACUUAUUUUAUCUAAGGGCAAAACACCAGCUCUAAAAUACCAGCAACUUUUUGAAGACAUCCGGGGACAAUCUGACAUAGCUAUUACCAAAGAUAUGUUUGAAGAAGCCCUGCGUGCCUUGGCUGAUGAUGACUUCUUAACAGUAACUGGCAAAACUGUCCGCUUGCUCUGA